CGAAUGUAUCCACUUCCGCGGUUCCCAAACUUCGAUGACGUAAACCUGCAAACAUUUUGUCACUCAGUGCCUUAUUUACGAAUACAGCGGAACAAUCGGACGAUUACAAACCACAAGAGAACAAAGAUAAAUAUGGACAUAUAAGAUGCUGAGCACAAGGGCCAAAUGAGGACAGUGACUCGGGUAUGUCGACUCAAAUUAACAGAGAACGGCGUUUUGUUCCUGAAAAAUAACAUAAUGAGGGCCAAAGCCACACAAAGAAAAACUGGACCUGACUGUAAAGGAAAAUCAAGAAAACAUGGCGAGAUGUCACUAAAGUUCCAUUUGGCACAGCCUAAACCUUUUGUUGGGAAAGUGUUUUACCUUGACUUACCAUCCAACAAAAUGACAGAGUCAUUGGAGACAGAUAUUCAGCACCUUGGAGGGUGUGUUGAGAAGUUUUUCAGCAAAGAAAUCAAGUAUCUUGUAACCAACAAGAGGGAGGCUAAAUAUAUACAUUGCCUCAAGCAAGAUUCUCAGGUCCCCAGCCCGGAAUCUGAAUGCAGUUCACCUUUCCCUGGCUCACAUCCGUUUCAGCCGGGCCACUGUGGCGACCACAUCAAAAGCAGGUCUCAGGGUCAGACAGACACAGUUCUUAUAAGUCGUGGAAAGUCUUUUGUGGAGAGGGCAGUGAGGAAAAAGGAAAGAGUGCACAUAAGCAAGAUCCUGUUAAAUGCUCUUGAGUGGGGUGUGAAAAUCCUCUACAUUAAUGAUGUGAUCAUCUAUGUUGAGAAGAAAAAGACCCUAGCAAGCCAGUGUCCCCGGCCUACUGUAGUCAAAUCAAGUGUCAAACCUGAGUCAACAGCAAAGCACACCUGUCAGAAACACAAAGUAGGGAGAAUCCAUAAACCUUUUGUCAAGGUUGAAGACUCAAGCAGGUCAGAAAUACUAGCUAGUACAUUCAAAUAUGCAUUUUCUUUUCCAAAGUGUUGUUCCCAUGUUAUCUUCAGACGUUACUGUCCAGUGUACCUUACCAUACUGAAUAUGGCGGAGCUAAACUUGAAGGCGCCCCCUCCUCACAGUCCCUUCUUAUUUAAUGAUAAAGACCCUAAAGGGGACAAACUUCAAGGGAACCGAAGUGUCAAAACCUCAACCGUUGAAGAACAAGCUGCUGGGCAAAAGAAGAACAAAGACAAAAAACGAGGCGGUUACUGCGAGUGCUGUGCUGUCAAAUAUGAGAAUCUGACCAUGCACCUGCAAAGUGAUCGUCACAGGGCUUUCUCCAAGACUGACGCUUACCAAGUUGUGGACAGACUGGUUUCAACUCUACCCUGCAGCUUCACUCGCCUCAACAGACUUUAUAAAAGACCAAAGUGCAGUAUUUCUACUGCUUUGGUUGUUCCUGCACCACUUGGAAGAAGUGGGCACGGUGGCAAGGCAGAUCAAAACCCCGCUGGAAUUAUGAAAGAGAAGCAGCACAAUCACGCUUUAAACGUUUCUUCAGCUUCUCCAUCUGCCUCUCUGAUUCACUGCAAUGACAGGAAGUGGUUUAUUGCCUCACACCAGUCAAAACUCCAAUCUAGACAGAAGCAGUUGGUUUCUUGCUCUCAAAAAGCCACACACAACGCAGAAAUGGCGCCCUCUAGUUUUGAACAUCUGGCCCGCAGUUCCCUCUUAGUUCCUCGAGUCAAUCUUGAUGUGCAAGUAUCUCACAGAGACCCGCUUAGCCUGGCACUACCUCCCCAUCAAGAUCCACACAGCGUAUCAUACUUAGAAAGCCCGGAAGUUAUCACAAAUCAAGAUGAGACCACAGGCAACAAUGGGAAAGCAAGCGGAAAGGUCUCUGAGCGAGAUGGGGCAAGUCCUCCGUCACUGACUUACACUUCUCCUGUUAAAAAAGUAAAGAGGAAAGUCAAAGCUUAUAAGCGCAAAAGACGGAAACUCAACUCAAAAACUACAUGCAAAGAUCAUGUAGUGGAAAGCGACGCUUGUGAUGAUACUCUGAGGCUUUGGCAACUGUUUUACUCAAGUGAGGACAAAGGUGGAAUUCCUGGGGUUUGACAAGGAGAAAUGGACUGAAUGAAAUGUACUCUAUUGCCUUACCAAUGGGAAUCCAGGUAGUGUCACACGGCUUGUUUUCAUGCCAGCUCUUCUGUAUAAACGACACUAAUGUGGAAUGAUUAGUUAAGUUUUUAUUCAUUUAUAUAGCACAUUUAAAAACAACCCCACCUGGGCAAAGUGCUGUACUGACUGAAAUAAUAAAAAAAUUGUGCGAGCA